AUGAAAGAAUGUCAGCUUGAUUUAUAUCCUUUAACUUUGAGCUUGGAUAUCAUAAUGAGACCUGGCAGUUCAAAAUCUUCCAAACAUGAUCAAUCAAUACUUGAUAUGUUCGCUAAACAAGUUACUAAAAGAAAAAGAAAAGACUUGGAUACCAAUGAUGAACAACAAUCACAGAAGUUAGAAGAUAAUACUUUAAUAGAAAAUGGGUAUGCUAAAGAAAAUUAUAAUCCAGAUGCGAAUAAAGAAUAUUCCAAAGAGAAUUUUGAAAAGAAAGUUAAGACUGAGAACAGUACCAGUGCACCGGUAGUUCAAGUUAAAAAAACAAAUGUUUUCCUUGAAAAAUGUGAUUACUGUCAUCAAAAAUUAAACAACGAUUUAACAUUCUAUCCAGGACAUCCAAAUGGUGCUGUAGAUGAAGAUAUUGCUUUAAUUGAUCCAAAGUUAUGUUUAUUUAAUGGAGAUGAGUCAAUCAUACAUGAAGGUGAUCAAUAUCCCCAAAAUAAAUUAACCCACUUUAGCGUGUAUGAUAAAAAUGGCCAUUUAUGUCCUUUUGACACUGGACUCAUAGAAAAAAAUGUUAAGUUAUAUUUUUCUGGAUACAUAAAAGCAAUUUAUGAAGAGGAUACAUCUCCUGAAGGUGGAGUCCCUGCUAAAGAUAUGGGUCCGAUAAACGAGUGGUAUGUUGCUGGGUUUGAUGGAGGUGAAUUAGCUCUCAUAGGUUUCAAUACAGCGUUUGCUGAAUACAUUUUAAUGGAACCAUCAGAGGCAUAUUCUCCUUUCAUUGAUGUUGUUAGAGAAAAAAUAUACAUGAGUAAAUCAGUUAUUGAGUUCCUCUUAGAUGAAACUAAUCCCACCUAUGAAGACUUACUCAACAAACUUCAAACGAUUGUACCACCUAAAGGCAUUGCAAGAUUCAGUGAAGAUACUUUACUGCGGCAUGCACAGUUUGUAUGUGAUCAAGUAUUAUCAUUCGAUGAUUCUGCUGUCUCAGACGAUGCCUUCCUUAUUACAAGUCCCUGCAUGCGAGCAUUAGCAAAUCUUGCAGGUGUUACAUUAGGAAAACGAGCAGCACUUCGUAGAACACAACGUCGAGUACAGAAAGUUAAAAAACCUGCCUGGACAAAAGCAACCACUACACAAUUAGUUAAUGAUAUGUUCGAGAACAUUUUUGCUGAUCAGUUGAUUAAACAUGAUGAUAAAAUAAUGAUGGGACCUAAACGACAAAGAUGUGGUAUAUGCGAAAAUUGUCAACAGCCAGAUUGUGGUUUUUGUAAUGCUUGUAAAGACAUGAUCAAGUUUGGAGGAAGUGGUAGGAGCAAGCAGGCUUGCAUUAAAAGAAGAUGUCCAAAUAUGGCCAUUCAAGAAGCAGAUGACUCUGAUCCAGACAAUGAGGAGCUGUACGAUACUUUGAUAGAUAAUAAAAAAAUUGAAGAAGAAAGCAGAAAAAAAGUUUUUAAAGAAUUCAAAAGAGAUAUUAUAUGGGUGGGGAAGCAAAUUGCUACUGAUAAUCAUAGAACGUUUUACAAAUCUGUUAUAGUGGGCGAAGAAAGUAUACAGUUAAAUGAUUAUGUACUUGUUGAACCCAGAAAUCCAACAAUUCCGCUUCAUGUUGCUAAAGUAAUUUACAUGUGGGAAAAUAAAAAUGGUGUAAAGCAAUUCCAUGCAAACUGGUUUCAUAGAGGAAACGAUACAAUUCUGGGAGAAACAUCAGAUCCGAUAGAAUUAUUUUUAAGCGAUGAUUGCGAUGAUGUACCGUUUACAUCUAUUAGAUCAAAAUGUACUGUUAUUUUUAAAAAAAUUCCAGAAAAUUGGGCUGAUUUAGGUAAUAUGGAUUUGAGUCUGGAAAAUAACAUAAAGGACAUAGAUGGCAAGACCUUUUUUUAUCAAAAACGUUACACACCUGAAACGGCUAGAUUUGAGGACCUUCCACUCGAUUCAAGGUGUCUUCGUAAGGAGAGUAUUCAUCGCUUUUGUGCUUCUUGUGCCCGUUUAAGUGAAUACGGACAAUUUAACACGCCAAAGGUCUAUGAAAAAAUAGAAGAAAAGAAUAGCAAGGAAGUUAUUUACGGCAUAGUAAAAUACAAAGGUGAAGAAUAUAGAGUUGGUACUGCAGUAUUUCUGCAGCCUGGAACAUUCAACUUUAAACAUAAGAUUAUGUAUCAAGAUAUUCCAAAAGUGAAAAAAGAAAAUGUAGACGAGGAUGUGUAUCCCGAAUUUUAUAGAAAAUCUUCUGAUCAUAUAAAGGGUUCAAAUUAUGAUGCCCCGGAUCCUUUCUGCAUAGGAUACAUAAACACGAUUUAUGCUACCACAAAUGACACAUUAGUUCCACCUUCUGAUAUUAAUAUUAAAGUAAAUAAAUUAUAUAGACCCGAAAAUACUCAUAAAGAUUCUACAUUAGUGGAACAAACUGACCUAAAUAUGGUUUACUGGAGCGACGAAGUAUGUACCGUCAAAUUUACUGAAGUUCUUGAUAAAUGUUAUCUUGCUUAUUCUGAGAACUUAAAUCAGUCUGUUGAAGAGUGGUCUGUAUUGGGACCAGAUCGAUUUUAUUUCAACGAAGCUUAUAACGUACAAAAAAAAGAAUUUGACGAACCACCUUAUCAUGCUAUCAAUAUUGGCAAAACUAGUAAAGGUGAAGGUAACUUGAAACUUAAAGGUAAAAAAACCGAAGAAAAUCAAAAGAAGCUAUUUGUCAACAGACCUAUCAAAUAUAAAGUUAUAAACAAACUGAAAACAUUGGAUGUAUUUGCUGGAUGUGGCGGGCUAUCGGAAGGUUUCCAUCAGGCUGGUGUGGCUGAAAAUCUUUGGGCUAUUGAGAAGGAAGAACCAGCCGCUCAUGCAUACCGGUUAAAUAACCCAAGUUCGACAGUGUUUAUAGAAGACUGUAAUGUAUUAUUGAAGAAAGUUAUGGAUGGCGAAGUAACAGAUGGUAUUGGUCAAAAGCUUCCUCAAAAGGGUCAAGUAGAGUUAUUAUGUGGUGGUCCGCCUUGCCAAGGAUUCAGCGGCAUGAAUCGUUUCAAUUCACGGCAGUAUUCCUUAUUUAAAAGCUCCCUUGUUGUGUCUUAUUUAUCAUACUGUGAUUAUUAUAGGCCUAAGUUUUUUGUAAUGGAAAAUGUUAGAAAUUUCGUAUCUUUUAAAAAAAGUAUGGUUUUAAAACUAACACUACGCUGUCUAGUUCGUAUGGGCUACCAAUGUACAUUUGGUAUUCUUCAAGCUGGAAAUUAUGGGGUACCUCAAACGAGACGGAGAAUGAUCAUUUUGGCUGCUGCACCUGGCCAGAAACUGCCAAAUUAUCCAGAACCAACGAAUGUAUUCAGCAAACGUGCAUGCCAAUUGAGUGUACUAGUCAAUAACAAAAAAUAUAGUUCUAAUUGUACUUGGACAGAAUCAGCACCAUUUAGAACAAUUAGUGUCAAGGAUUCCAUGUCUGAUUUACCGGAAAUAAAAAAUGGAUGGAACAAGGAGGAGAUGUCUUACAGCAGUGAACCGAUAUCACACUUUCAAAGAAAAAUGAGAGGCAACCAAUAUCAACCUCUAUUAAGAGAUCAUAUAUGUAAAGAAAUGGCACCCCUUGUGGAGACCAGAAUAACUCACAUCCCAACUGCCAGUGGUUCAGAUUGGCGUGAUUUACCAAAUGUUGCUGUAAGAUUAAGCGACGGAACAUAUUCGAAAAAAUUGGAAUACACUUAUAAUGACAUGAAAGCCGGGAGAAGUUCGACAGGAGCAUAUCGUGGAGUAUGCAGUUGUAGUACAGGAAAAUCAUGUGAUCCUGUAGAUAGACAAUUUAACACCCUAAUUCCAUGGUGUCUUCCACACACAGGAAAUCGUCAUAAUCAUUGGGCUGGUUUAUAUGGCCGAUUGGAAUGGAAUGGAUUUUUUAGUACAACUAUUACAAAUCCUGAGCCUAUGGGAAAACAGGGUCGUGUGUUGCAUCCAGUACAAACUCGAGUGGUAAGUAUACGCGAAUGUGCAAGGUCUCAAGGAUUUCCAGAUACCUUCCGAUUUUAUGGGACUAUACUUGAUAAACAUCGACAAAUUGGAAAUGCAGUUCCUCCUCCACUUGGAGCAGCCAUAGGUCACGAGAUAAGGAAGUGUGUAGAAGAGGAAAAUAUAAUCACUGAGACACAUGUAGACAUGAAAUUAGAACUUUAUUCUGUGAAGUCUGGAAUAGACGAUAAAAAUUUUAGCUAA